ACGAGCAGCUUGCUACUCGCGAGGACGUUGUGUCCUCUCUUCUGGACUUGAGCAUGCUCCAGGCUCGUCAGGAGCGACUCACCUUCCAUGUCGCUGCACUGCGUCGCCUUCUCGCCAUCCUCUCUGACCCUGAUCGCACCCUCCCGAUCAUCCCCGUACGACUCGGGACCUCCACGAGGGUGUACUMAGCGCUGUGGGAUUCCGGUUCUCAGGGCGACUUCAUUCACCCAUGCGUGGUGAAGGGAGCCCGCUUACCCACGACAGGGUCUCCGACUCCCAUCUCCGUUACCCUAGGGGAUGACAAGACCCAGUGCUUCUUCGAUCAGACGGUCACCGACCUCCCCUUCUUCCUCACUCUCGAGCCGACUGAKCGUUCCCCGGCGUCUCGUCGCCACUGCUCCUCCGCACAUUUCGAUGUGAUGGAGACGCGGUACGACUUCAUUCUCGGCACUCCGUGGUCUCGUCGGUUCCGCAGCACCGAGGCCGAUUGGGCGACCAACACUCUCGUUCUCAAAACGAAGUGUGGACAGACGUAUCGCGUACCUUUUAUAGGUACCACGGCGAUACCACACCCUGAUCCUCCUCCCCCGGAGCCUUCAGUGCCCACACCACCCCCCUCUAUCACUGUCACCUCGCCUCGGCAGUUCGCUCACUUCAUUCAACAGGAUGACGUCACCUUCUUUAUGGUGGACGUGACGGAUCUCUUACACUAUGAUCCACCCUGUCCCAACGCCGAGCUCAUCCCUCUGGAGCCAGAUCCUCCCUCUAUCUCCAUGGCUCCCAUCUCUACUUCCGUCCCUCCGCCGUCCGUCGAGUCCACCCCGCCGUCGGGCGCUGACACUGACGCUGAGGAACUCGCACGAUAUACGGCUGACCUGGAGCCCGCAGUUCGUGACCUCAUCCGAGAGUACCACGACGUUUUCCCAUCGUCGUUCUUGUACGCCGGCAUCCCACCGAUGCGUGACGUCGAGCACUCCAUUCAGCUUGUGCCUGGCUAUCGUGUUCACCACCAGGCACCCUACAGACUCUCAAUUCCCGAGGCCACCGAAAUCAAGCGUCAGCUUGAGGAGCUCCUGAGACUGGGUUUCAUUAAACCCAGCAACUCCCCGUGGGGUGCACCCGUCCUCUUUGCUCGCAAAGCGGAUGGAACUCUCCGUCUCUGCAUCGACUAUCGCGGUCUCAACCGCUACACGGUUAAGAACAGCUACCCCAUGCCUCGUUCCGAUGAGCUGUUCGACCGCCUAGCAGGCAACCGCUUCUUUACGAAAAUUGAUCUUCGUAGCGGUUACCAUCAAAUCCGCGUCGCUGCAGCCGACCAACCGAAGACAGCGUUCCGAUCGCGCUUCGGCCACUACGAGUUUACGGUGAUGCCAUUCGGCCUCACCAAUGCACCCGCCACUAGUAACUUCAUCUGGGGAUACGAUAGGUAUAACACACAUUGUAAAUAUUACAAUUAACAGGUGAGCAUGAAGGAUAAAAAAAAAAUAAGUCUGAUGAGUGUACAAGUAGUAGGAACUUAAUAGGGGUUUAAAGAUAUCUAUAAGUAAGAGAAAAUAUAAUCAACGAAAUCAAUAGUGGAAGGCAUA